AUGGUACUCUUCCCCGAGGAACCACUCGACUCACCCGCUGGCUACUUCGUCGGCCGCCUUGGAAUGACCCUUCAAGACGGAAAGUGGAGGAUCAUCAGGAAGCUUGGAUGGGGCCCGCGAUCGUCUACGUGGCUUGUCGUGAACACGGCCGAUUCGACUGUCGUUCGCGCUAUCAAGGUCUUCACCGUCGAGGAAUCCAAGGGCUCAGUGGCGUUGAAAGAGGUCGAAGUUCUCACAGAGCUAAGAGCUACUUCCCCCCUCCAUAUAGCCUGGCUUCAUGACCAUUUCCGCGAGCGCAGCGCGAAAGGCGAACAUCUGUGUUUAGUCUUUCAUCCGUACGGGAGGACUAUAGAAUCGCUCCGCCAGACCAACACCGAGGGAGGCUAUCUCGCGCUACACAUUGCUAAACAAGUAGCCGGAGAGGCGUUGGAGGCACUUGCCGAGCUCCAUGAAAACAACAUCGUACACGGUGCCGUUAGCGCCGAUCACUGCCUUCUUGGAAUGCUCGACGCGGAGGACGUAAGCGCCGCUCAUGGCCAUACAGCCAGCGAUAAAGCGGAGGAAUUGACAGAUGACAUCGGUAUAUCAUACCCCAUCAUCCGGUCGAGACCGUUAGAACCAGAAGGUUGGGAUUCCAAGUGGAACGAAACGGCUGUGGAUUUCGCAGGAAAAUCUAUUUAUUUGAUUAGUUUAGGACACGCGCGUCGCAUAAAGCGAGAUGCAGGCGAAGAUGUCACACGAGAUUCUGAUGCACCUAUUCCCCCAGAAGUGCUUGCAGGAGGCGAGAACAUUCUAUUAUCUUCUAAUCAGCACUUCCAUUAG